UUCAGACUGAAAGGUUAGCUAAAUAUAACAGUCAUUAGUGAAAAGUAUGAUCCAGUCUGGAGUAUCAUUUAAACCAUUUCGUGAUCGAGCUGAUCAACGGCAUGCAAUGUUAUUGAUUUUGUCAUCAGAAUGCAGUCAUCAUCACAAAACACAUGGACACCACAUUGCCGCGAGUACUGUAAUGGCAACACAGCCGAGUUCUACUGCCCAGAAUGCGCUGCAAUGUUUUGCGGCGAUUGCUACGACAAGGAACAUCGUGGAAAUGAACGGAAAUCCCAACACGGAAAACUCACUGAGCUGAGGGCCAUUUGCAGUGUUCAUAAGCACACGCUAGAUUAUUUCAACCUCACGCUUCUUCAGCCCAUGUGCAUUAUUUGCAAAAAGGAGACCAUGCUUACUCCAGAACAUGAACAUCACGUCAUUGACCAUAUUGAGACGACUGUACCAAAGCUAAGAUCUCUCAUGGAAAAGAAACUGGAAAGUGCUUCCGAAAUGAUUGACAGAUUGAACCAAGAGCUAGCCAGGGUAGAAAAUGUCGCAAGAAGUACAAUGAUUGCAUCGGUCAGUUACAUCCAGUGUUGUUUUGCAAGACUACGGCAACUUCUUGAUGAGAGAGAAGUUGAACUUUUGACGAAUGCAAGAAAAUACUAUGAUGACUUUGUGGAGUUUGGUGAAGGAAGAAUGGAAGCACGGAAUGCUUUGAGAGACCUCAAGGCUUUGUCAGACGAAGGAAAAUUGCUUUUAAAUAAAGAUGCCAGAAGCCUUGUGGUGGAAUUUCCAUCAGUGUUCAUUAGACUCAAGGACCUUUGCGGUUCAACAGUUUGUGAAGGACAGACCAAGAAGUUGAAAAUUAUAAUUGAUUUUGAGACAAAUAUUCUUGAACAGCUGAGGGAAGUUGGAGUCAUGAAGUCAUACACUAUUGAACGAACUGCAGAUGAGAAAACUGGAAACUCAAAAGUGGCAAAUGAUAAUGAUUACAGCAGCUCUUUAGAUUGUAAAAGAGGUAUGAAGAGGCAUUUCUCCCACCCACCCUCUCAGGAGGAACCUAGCACCAAGCAAGCCAGAGAUGAUAAUACCCAUGUAGUCAGUUUUGAGUCUAACAAGUCACUGAGAACUCCAUUGAAAGCCACAGCAGUGACAUCAUCCAAAAUUACAUCACCUUCACCUAGAAAGCGAACUUGCAAACCAACUGCCCAGAAGUCUGCACAAUCACCGGAGUGGAUUCCAGCCUCUCCCAUUCAAACACCCUGUGUGGCUUCACCAAGAAGGAAAAGAGGAGGAGAACUAAGCAAAGAGUUUAUGAAAUGUGAUAUCAUUCUGACAGAGCUAUGGGCUCAGGAUGAAAGCUUCCCAUUUGUACGCCCUGUGGAUAAGAAACAGUCACCAGAUUACUAUAAAGUCAUCAAGAAUCCCAUGGACUUGUCCAUUAUCAAAGAGAAACUGCACACUCUUCAGUAUGCAUCUGCUGUAGAUUUUGUGAAAGAUAUGCAUUUGAUGCUUAGCAACUGUACAAGAUAUAAUCAGGUAAAGACAAAAUAACUUCAGCCAACACUUACUGUAGAAACAAAAAGGUAACGUUUAACUCUGUAUCAGGUUAUAAGUGGCCCAUGCAGUGGGAGCUUACGGUUAGUAAGCUAGACCAAUUAAAUAAAAGCAUUAAAUUUGUUAGUAACCAGUAGUACAUCUGGGUGGAGAGAGGCACUGCGAGAGGAAAGUGUCCAGCCCAAGAACAUAAUUAUGCAAUAACUCCGGCCAGGGGUCAAACCCGGACCACUUGAUCCGGAGUCGAGCGUGCUAACUAUAAGGCAAUCCCACCUCCUCCACUGUAGUAGUUGGACAUCAGAAAUCCAAUCUGCAUUGUUGCUGACUGGUUAGCUGUUUACAGAAGUUUGGCCGAGGUCAGGUAUAUGCAGCUGCCCGGAUUCCAAGUUGUCAGGUGCAGGAGCUCCUGAGCACUCAUUCACCCUCCUCCUUGAGGACAUUGUUAUCCUACAAACUGUUGUACAUUACUCCAUAGCAUGAACCCAGUGAAGGAAGAGGGUGGUAAUCUACAAAGUUUUAUACGGGUAGUUUCCUCCCCGAGGUCCGACUUCUUACCCUUUUGUACACCAUUUAGACAGUAAAGACACCCCUUUCAUAGGCCUUUUAUAGAAAAAAGGUACUCUUUCCACAUACCUACUUAAGAACACUGCAUCCCUUUUCUAAACCCUUAAAAUGAAGUCAACAACAAUACUACUGGAGAACAUCAAG